AUGUACAUCAUAAUCGUCGUCCCGGUCCUACAGUUGGUGUUGGUAAAAGGGGCUUCCUACCUGCAACAGCAGGCAAUAACAGGUAUUGAGGAAGUUCCCUCGCCACCCGACCCAGUCGUGCCCUUUAUCAACAUCUGCCAUCACCAUUGUCCCGGUCCUGUGGUCGGUGUUGGUCCAGGGAGCUUCCGGCCUGUAAGUUCAGGCGAGUAUACUGAUAAUUCUGAACUUUCGGCACCUGAAAUCCCUUCGAUUUCCAGUUCCUGCGAUCGACGUUCCUCGAACCUCCGGAUUUAUUAUCAAAAUGUGCGUGGAUUGAGGACCAAAAUAGAUGCUUUCUUCUUGUCUGUUUCCGAAGAAGAGUUUGAUUUGAUUGUCCUGACUGAAACAUGGCUGGAUGAUCGCAUCUCAACGCAGCUUUUUGGACCUUCGUACGCCGUAUACCGAACCGAUAGAAGUCAUCUGAAUAGUCAUAAAUCUCGUGGUGGAGGAGUACUGAUUGCAAUCACGAGGCGACUAACCAGUUAUCUUGAUCCUGCCCCUAUUUCUCUCCUACUUGAGCAACUGUGGGUUUUGGUGGAAGUUAAUCACAACACUAUAAGUAUCGGCGUUAUUUAUCUCCCGCCUAACAGGAAAAACGAUAGUACGGCGAUCGACGAACACGUGGAAUCCAUUGGUUCAGUUUCAGCUCGUUUGAAAGUUCACUCUCCUGCUCUUCUGUUCGGUGACUAUAAUCAAGCAGGUUUGCAGUGGUGUUUCCCCGAAAGUAGUACACCAGUCAUCGAUCCAUUGACAUCGCAUAUAUCCGAGGCCUGCUGUGCUCUCCUGGACGAAUUCAACCUUCACGGUUUUUCUCAAUCCAACACACAUCUGAAUAGAAAUGGUAGAUUACUGGACCUUGUCCUGGCCAAUGAUGCUGCAUUACCCAUUUCUUCGAUUGCUUUGGCGGCUGAUCCCCUAAUUGAUCUCGAUGCUGAUCACCCUGCUCUCGUCACGUUAAUAAGCUUGCACACUCCGAUCGUUUAUGUUGCACCAUCUGAACAAACAUCUCUGAACUUCCGUCGAGCCAACUACGCUUUAUUGAGUGAUGAACUCGCCAAUAUUGACUGGAAUUUCAUCGAAUCUACCGAUAGUGUCAAUGUCGCAGUGGAGUACUUCUGUACAGCAGUAGUGGAUGCUAUCUUUCGUGUUGCUCCUGCUCGACGACCACCUCAUAAUCCUCCUUGGUCCAAUCGCCGCUUACGCGAGCUGAAGCGAAAACGAUCAACCGCUCUGCGAAGUUACAGUAACUGCCGGUCAUCUUACUUCAAACGACAGUUCAAUUUGGCCAGUCGUUGUUACCGUCAAUAUAACCGUUUUCUCUAUAAUCGGUACGUAAAACGAACGGAAGCGAAUCUACGCACCAACCCUCGUGGGUUCUGGUCAUUUGUGAAUACCAAACGAAAAGAUGCUGGACUGCCUUGUUCUAUGUUUUUUGGAAAUAGCACGGCUAAUAAUGAUCCUGAGAAAUGCAAUUUGUUUGCACGUCAUUUCAAACGAGUGUUCAACAAUUCCUCAACCUCUGCUAUGCAAGUUGCAGAAGCUACCAGCGGACUGCCUUGUGAUGAAUUCAACUUCGACAUUCCUCACUUUACAGAAGAGAUGAUGAAAACCGCAAUGCGUAAAUUAACGCUCUCGUAUGCCGCUGGGCCCGACGGAAUACCCUCAGCAGUCUUGAAGCUUUGUGCAGAUGUUCUUUGCUCUCCGUUAACAACGAUAUUCAAUCUGUCGGUUCAGCAAAGCGAAUUUCCAACCCGUUGGAACUCGGGAUGGCAAGUUGAUGCUGCAUACAUGGAUUUGAAAGCUGCUUUCGAUUCAGUGAACCACGAAAUUCUCCUCGCUAAACUGGAUAAACUCGGUGUUUCAUCAAGAAGUGUUAAUUGGUUCAGAUCCUACUUAUUAGAUCGCUCAGUUCGGAUCAAGAUUGGCCUCUCAGAAUCGGAGACGUUUUCCAACAAUUCUGGAGUCCCGCAAGGCAGUAACCUCGGGCCGCUAUUAUUUUCAUUAUUUUUGACUGAUGUUUCGUUGCUGAUACCUCCGGAAUGCCGUUUCUUUUUUGCUGACGAUGUAAAAAUAUUCAAAUUAGUCAAAUGCCAUUCGGACUGCCAGGAUCUGCAAACUUUGGUAUGUACCUUUGCAGAUUGGUGUUCCAGAAACAUGCUGAGUGUCAGUGUCGAAAAAUGUAACGUGAUCUCCUAUCACCGCAAAAAUCAACCGAUCAUCCAUGACUACAUCCUGUUUGGUUGUCAUCUUGACCAGGUACAACACCUCAAGGAUCUCGGAGUUAUCCUGGAUAGCGGACUUUCUUUUCGGAAUCACUAUCACGAUAUUGUUGCCAGAGCCAAUCGCCAAUUGGGCUUUAUAUUCAAAAUUGCCGACGAAUUUCGCGGACUUUAA